UAACAUUAACUUAAUAAAGAUGUGAUAACAUUCAUUACAUAAAAAUCAAAAUAUGUAUACAUUAUUAUUUAUUUCACAUUUCACAAUUAUAUAUCAAUAAAUUUAAUUGAUUAUCUCGUACCUUUUAUUACUGUGAUCUUCAAUGCCAUCCUCGAGAAAAAGGUUACUCAAGUUACUCAGAUCAAUGUUAAAUACGACUAAGCACAUUUUAAAACCAAAGACAUUCAUGCUAUGGAUUCUAUUAUUCGUAAUAGUAAUAUGGACUUACACAUAUAAUUCGUUGACCACAUUUGAUUUGAUGUUCAGCGAACCACGUACAUCCAUCUUAGAUUACGAGAAUUCUGGAUAUUUAAUUAAUACAACAGGAUGUCGAAUCCCAGAGAUGUAUUUGAAAGGACCUGAAAUAACAAAAUAUAUCAAUCAAAACGUACAACUAGAUUGCAAAACGACAUGGAAUUAUACUUUGCCAUUAGUUACCUCAGACCUAACAUCUCUAAUAUUGAAUAUGAGUGCGUGGGCUACUUUAAAUAUCAGUGAGAGAGAUCCAAGUUUCAAAUGUUAUUACACUCCAAUAGAAAGAUCAGCAUGUGACAACCAUCAAGAUGCUAAAGAAUUUAAUGAUAAUAAUGUGAAACUUGGCGAGAAAAUAUACUUUGUAAACAAUAUAACAGUUCCGGACGAAAUGGUCGAAGUAGUAUGCACGUUAAAUUCAAAUAUAAUUUACAAAUAUUACCACAUAUUCAUUCGCCCAACUUCGUCAGUAAGAAAACGAAAAGACGGAGAUGUAAGUGUAUUAGUUUUGGGUUUGGACGCAGUAUCUCGUAUGAAUUUUCAUCGUCAAAUGCCAAAAACUAGUGCGUUCCUAUCUAGAAUCGGCACCGUGGAAAUGUUAGGUUACAACAAAGUUGAGGAUAACACUUUUCCAAAUGUAAUUCCCGUACUCAGCGGAAUGUCAAUAGAAGAGUUGAAAAUAAACUGUUGGCCUAAAUACGAAGACUUUUUUGAUAAUUGUCAUUUUGUAUGGGAUGAUUAUAAAAAUUCUAAUUUUAGCACAUCUUUUGUAGAAGAUAGUCCUAUAAUUGGAAUGUUUAAUUAUUUAAAAUCUGGAUUUUUUAAAAAACCCACAGACCAUUAUUUAAGACCACUCAUGCUACAGGCCGAAAAAAACAUAGGACACGAAGCUGUUGGUAACACAAUAGGUUGUAUUGGCCAUCAGUUGGGUAUGGCCAUGAUGCUUGAUUAUGCUUUUAAAAUGGCAUUAUCUAUGACUAAUCACUUAUAUAUGAAUUUAUUUUGGACGACGAGCUUAACGCACGAUUACUUAGAGUAUUCGAAAUUUGGCGACGAUGAUUUAAGGAACUUUUUUGACGUGUUUAACAAAUCUGGCGAACUUAACAAAACGAUCGUAGUACUAAUGAGUGAUCACGGAAUAAGGUGGGGAGAAUUUCGAAAUACAUACCAGGGGAGUUUGGAAGAUAAGCUACCCAUGUUGAAAUUCAUCAUACCAGAAUGGUUUCAAAACAUGUAUCCCAGCGCGAUGAAAAAUUUGCAGAAAAACACACUUCGACUUACAACGCCGUUUGAUUUACACGAGACGCUAUUAGAGUUCAUUGACAGGAAACAGAUUGAUGACGAUUCAAUUGCGAGACGAACGAAAACGAAUCGAAAUGAACGAGGUACGAGUUUGUUUCUCGAGAUUCCAGAAAACAAGACCUGUGAAACAGCGGGUAUACCUAAAAACUAUUGCGCGUGCCACGAAAAGAGGACGGAGUUAUCCGUAGACGACUCGAACGUCGUCGAAGCGGCAAGGGUGUUUAUGCUGUACGUCAAUUCAAAGUUAUCGAUGUAUACAGUUUGCGCGUAUCUAACGCUGUACGCGAUCCACAAAGCGUCAGUAGAAAUGGGAAAAGACAAUUCUUCGGUGAGAGAUUACGAGAUACAAGUAACUACGGUUCCUGGAUAUGCAAAAUUCGAAGCAACAUUAAGGCAAUAUUACGGCAAUUUUAAAAUGGUAGGUUCAGUUAGUAGAUUAAAUGUGUACGGCAAUCAGAGUAUUUGCGUAAAUGACGCUAAAACGAAACUAUUGUGUUAUUGUAUACAUGACAAUUAAACUCAAACGAAUACUUUCAAGUCGUAAUAUCCCAAAUUCAUAUCAUUAUGACGACAUAAUAUGAUCUAAAUAUAAAUAGGUAAGCCUCGUAAUAAUUAGACACAAAAGAGACAAAAAAAAAAAAUCGAUUUUUUUAAUGGAAUUUGAUUUGUU